CAUAGCACGUAACGCAACAGCAAAAACUUCUCGUUUUCGUUUUCGUCUUCGUUUCCAUUUUCCAUUUUCCUCUCGUCGUCUUCUCCAUUAGAUCUUGUUUCUUCUGCAACACCAACCCUUUUCCUUUCACUCAGAGAUUUGAAACGAAACCAAACACCGAGGGAUCAGCCAAUCACACACAGAAACUGGCAUAUGGGUUGCAGAAACAGGGAUUUUUCGGAAGAUGAGACUUGUUCUUCCACGCUCAGCGAGGCCUUACUCUUUGCCACCAUGUGCCUCAUUGGCCUUCCCGUUGAGGUUCAUGUCAAAGAUGGCUCUGUCUAUUCCGGCAUCUUCCACACUGCCUGUCUCGACAAUGAAUAUGGCGUUGUUCUGAAGAAAGCUAGGAUGACAAAAAAGGGUAAAAGGAAUGUGAAUGUCGAUGAUGGCGCUGUAAUUGAUACUCUUAUUGUUCUUUCUGGUGAUCUUGUUCAAGUUGUCGCGACGGAAGUUCUACUCCCGGCUGGUAGUUUUUCCAAAAGUUUGGUUGGUUAUGAUAAUGAAGCCAUGGCCAAUGUUCCUGUUUCACUGCUUCCAACGGUGGAGGCUAAGACAUGUAUGGAGUCAUUCAAGGAGGGGAGUCAGAUUAAUCAAAUAAGCAGCAACUUGGUCCAAGAUCAAAAUGGGUUUGCUCAUGGUUCAGUGCCUACUAUAACUGGGAAGCAUAGCGAUGUUAGACAGCUUUUGCGAGAUAACAUUGAGAGCAACCAGGGGGAUGCACAGCAGAAAAGGGAAAGGAUUAAUUGCAAGAAGCCUGAAGAUGCCACUGACGCUGCAAUCAAUUGGAGACAGGACCCAGACAACCAAUUAAAAAGGGAGAAGGAUGAUCACAGUCAGGAAUUUGACUUGCAUAAAGGAGUCAAUGUUGAUCGAGUUCAAUCCUCUAUAUCAAGUGAGAAACCAUGCAUUGAAAGACCCACCUCAGCCAACACUACUCCAAAUGCAUUUUCAGUCGGUGUAUCAACUUCUUCACUUUCGUCCAUUGAUAGUAGCAUGGACUCAUGUCAUAGUUCUAUAACAUCGACAAUCGACGUAGCCUCUCCUCAUGGUUCAGAAUCCAAUAAAAGUUCCAAGGAAUUUAAGCUCAAUCCAAGAGCGAAACUUUUCUCUCCAUCUGUUGCAAACAACAUGACAGCAUCUCCUGCAACACCGGUGGUUGCAAACGUGGCUUACAUUUCAAACAGCUCACCAGUAGUACCUGUGGCUGUUGCACAGCCAGAGGUGGAGUUCAGUCCUUUUGUACCUCGUUCAUCUGUGCCUCCCGCAAAGUUUGUCCCUUAUGGCAACUCAAUAGCUGGUUUUGGUGGCAAUGUUGCUCAAUUUUCGCAACCUAUGGUGGGACAUGUGGGAACCAGGACGCAGCCACUUAGAUAUGUUGGUCAGUAUCCUCUCCAGGCUGGCCCAACCUUUGGGCCCCCAAAUUCUCAAGCAGUUAUGGUUGGACGUUUUGGGCAACUUGUUUAUGUGCACCCUGUCUCCCAUGACUUGGCUCAGGGUACAACAGUCGUCUCACCGGUAUCACCCUGCCCUUUGUUGACAACACAGCCAGCUCAAUACCCAAAACAUCAAGGAACUGCAGCAGCACAGCAGGCAUUGCAGUUUUGUGUUCCUCCGCCAUUUAUGGCCAGUGGACACCAACCGCUCGCCGCAGUGCCAAACCACAUUCCCAUUUUGCAGCCUUCCUUCCCGCUGAAUCGCCCAAUGCAAAUGCCAGGAUCUAAUGCAUUCUUCAGCACCAAGUUCACAUGAAUUUGUUCCAACUGUUAAUUCUUCGUGUAGUCAACCACAAGCUUAGCAAAAUUUUGGUCCUCAAAAGUUUUUUCCUAUUUUGUUCUGUUAAUGGCAUUUAUUUUCUUGUGUGGGAGGGAGAUGCAUUGUUUCCAUUCAAUUCAAGACAUUUUUCUUUUGAUUGGUGGGAUGAGGUCUGUUGAACUUUGUAUAGGAUGAACUAAAAUUUGUUUAGGAUGAGCAUUAUUUCUUGUGAGGGAGGGGAACUGUGUGGCCAUUGUCCUUCAUAUGAGUUGGUUUAAAAUUACAGAGGUGUGAAGAAAAUUAAAAAGAAAAGGAAAAGAAAAGGCAGGAUACUAUUCUUUUGACUUUGGUAGCCAUCUUGAAUAAAUGUGAUCUCUUGCUGAUUACAAUGUUCAGAGAUAA